UCAUAAGAAGAGAGCCACAGAGGCCAUGGCUGAUAAGAGACUAAAGGAGGAAAGGAGAACAUUUAUUAGCUCAGUGUCUGAGGAUACACUUCAUAACUUGCUGGAUGACGUACUUACUGAAGAGGUGCUGAACCAAGAGGAGGUCGAAAGGGUGAAAAAGAAAAAUGCUACAACUAAAGACAAAGCCCGUGAUUUGAUUGACUUGGUAAUUCCGAAAGGGUCCUGUGCCAGCCAAAAACUUAUUGAUUAUAUCUGCAAGAGAGAUUCCACCCUUGCUUAUAAAUUAGGAUUUUCUUCAGAGACUAUUGAUGGAAGACCAGAGUCAGUAUCUGAAGAAUUCAAAGGCCUCCUCAAGCUUUGUCCUCAUCAAAAAUUCCUGGAACAAUGCAAAAAGGAGGCUGGAAGGAUCUAUCCCAUCAGAGAGAAGGGGGACCGCACUCGCCUGGCCCUCAUCAUCUGUAACACAGAGUUUGAGUCUCUCCCAAGGCGUAAUGGGUCUGAACAUGACAUUCAGGGGAUGGAGAGGCUGCUUGAAGACCUGGGCUACACUGUUGUUGUGGAGAGGAAUCUCACAGCACAGGCCAUGAAGAUAGUCCUAAGAGAUUUUGCUGCCCGCCCAGAGCAUGAGUACUCAGAUAGUACAUUUUUGGUGUUAAUGUCCCAUGGCAUCUUUGAAGGAAUCUGUGGGAUCAUGCAUGGUGGUGAAACACAAGAUGUGUUGCCUUAUGAUCCCAUAUUCCAGAUUUUCAACAACCACAACUGUUCCCAUUUGAAGGACAAACCCAAGGUCAUCAUCAUCCAGGCCUGCAGAGGGGGAAACACAGGAGAGGUGUGGAUCAGUGACUCUCCAGCAGGCUCAGUGGAUAGCUCUUCACGGUUUUCUGAGAACCUGAUGCAUGAUGGUGUCCACAAGGCCCAUGUGGAGAAGGACUUUGUUGCUUUCUGCUCUUCAACACCACAUAAUCUUUCCUGGAGGAAAAAAAAUGGUUCCAUCUUCAUCACAGAACUCGUAAAUAAUAUUCAAAAACAUUCUUGGUAUUGUCACCUAACAGAAAUAUUUAUGAUGGUUCAACGAUCAUUUGAAAUACCAGGUGAGAAAGCUCAGAUGCCCACAAUUGAAAGACAAACCUUGACUAAAUAUUUUUACCUCUUCCCAGGCAAUUGAAAUCAGGAUGCAAAGAUGGUUCAACAUACACAACUCAGUGAAUGCAAUAUAGAACAUAAAUAGGAUCAAGGAUAAAACUCACAAAGGCAUCUCAAUUGAUAUAGAAAAAUCCUUCAAUAAAAUUCAAAAUAAUUUCAUAAUAAACCCCUAAAAAAGCUAGUCACAAUAUAUAUAUUGUAUAUAUCAAUACAAUAAAGGCUACAUAUCACAAAUAGCCACCAUCAUCCCGAAUGGGGAAAAACUUAAAGCAUUUCCUCAAAGAUCAGGAAUAAAACAGUUGUGUCCACUUCAUCAUUCUUAUUCAACAUAAUGCUAGAAAUUUUAGCCAGAAAAAAAAAAAAUAGAAGGGAUACACAUAGAAAAAGUAAAAUUAUCUUUUUAUAUAUGUAUAAUUGUAUAUGUAUAAUUGGAAACAUACAUGUAAUAUGUAUAAUUGGAAAACACUAAAGACACCACCAAAAGACUCUUAGAACUGAUAAACAAGUUCAACAAAGUAACAGUGCACAAAAUCACCAUGCAAAAAUCAGAAGUGUUCCUGUGCACCAAUAAUGAAGUUUCUGAAAAAGAUAUGGGGAAAGCAAUCUUGUUCACAAUAACCUCAAAAGAAAUAAAAUACCUUGGUUGGGCUAAUAGACCUAACCAAGGAGGUAAAGCACAGGUACAAUGAAAAUUAUGAACACAGAAAAAAAUUAAUUAAAGAAAAAACUAGAAGGUAGAAAGACUCCUCAAUGAGCUCAUAGUUUGGGAGAAUUAAUGGUCUUUAAAUGGCAUUAUUACCCCAAAGUGAUCCACAAGUUCAAUGAAAUCUCCAUGAAAAUACCAAUGAUAUUUUUCACAUAACUAGAAAAAUAAACCUAAAAUUUGGAAGACCCCACAAAAUCAGAGCAACUCUGAGCAAAAAGAGCAGUUGCUGGAGGCAUCGCCAUACUACAGUACCAUGGUAUUUUUUUUAAAAAAAUAGGCACAAUAUUAGCAAAACUAUAGACACUUUGAAUGAUGGAAUAGAAUAGAAGAUCCAGAAAUGAGUCCACACAUCUACAACCAUCUGGUUCUUGAUCAAGUUUUCAAAAUCAUAAAUUGGAGAAAAGAGCUUGUUUAAAAACUGGUACUGGGAAAAAUGGAUAUCCACAAGUAGAAGACUGAAGUAGAUCCCUACAUCUCACCCUGUGCAAAAGUCAACUCAGAAGGGGUCAGACCUAGGCCCAAAACUUUAAACAACUAUAGGAAAACUAGGGAAAACAUUUUAAAAUACUGGCAUACGUGACAAUUUCCUUAACAGAACUCAAAUAGCUCCAGAAAUAAAAACCAGAAUUAAAACUGAGAUUACAUCAAAUUUAAAUGCUUCUAUGCAGCAAAGGAAGCCAUCAGCUAAGUGAAGAGACUUCCUACAGAAUGACAGGAAAUCUUUGCCAGUGAUUCAUCUGACAGAGGACUAAUAUAUAGAAUAAAUAAAGGACUAAAAAAUUAAAAUAAUAAACAAUAAAUAUAUGAAAAAGGGCUCAACAUCUUUAGUUAUUAGGGAAUUUAAAUUAAAAUUGUAUUGAGAUUCCAUCUCACCCCAGUCAAAAUAGCUAUUAUCAAAACAAUAGCAACAAAGUAGCAAAUUCUAGUGAGGAUGCAAGGAAAAAGGAAUCUUUGUACACUGUAGGCAGGAAUAUGUAUUAAUACAGCUGCUGUGGAAAACAGGAUAGAUGUUCCUCAAAGAAAAAAAAAACUGAACAUGAAACUACUUUAGGGUCCAAACAUAUCAUUCCUAUGUAUAUAUCCCAAGAAAAUGAA